AUGUCUUCACAGCCUUCAAAAGCAAUUCUUGGGGAGACACUCGGUGCUCUCUAUCUAGGAGCAACCAUAGCCGCCGUUUUGUUCGGGAUAACGAACCUGCAAGUGGUCAUCUACUACAAGAAAUAUCCCAAUGACUGGUGGGUUUGCCGAUACUCUGUAGCGCUACUCUGGAUCUUCGAUGCACUUCACGUCGCCUUCACUACGCAUGCCCUGUAUUUCUUUCUCAUUGAUAUGUUCGGCGACUUAGAAGGUGCCCUAGUACAUAGCGUGUGGAGCUUCAGGGUACAAAUAGCUAUAAAUGUAUUGAUCGUCAUAUACGUUCAAGGGUUAUAUGCCGUCCGGCUAUGGAAACUUGGGCGGCAUUUCCACCAAAUUUUCCCAUGGUUCGCGUCUUUGGCCGUGGCUGCCUCACUUGGUGCCGGAAUAUGCAAAUCUUUACACGUUCUUAGACCUUUUGGAAUCAUUAUUCCCGACAGAUUUGCGGUGCCGAGUUUCUUUUCCAUCUCUGCCAUGAAAACAUCGAUCUAUACCGCUUUUGUCACGCUCGCUACGACAGAUUUUGUCAUAGCCUUUAUGAUGUGUUAUUACUUGCACAAAAGCAGAGCAGCUACGAAUUUCUCUACCACGGCCUCCCUCCUUCUCAAUCUAAUGCGACUUGUUCUUGUGUCAGGCUUGGCUACAAGGUAA